AAAGAAAAUUUUAAGCAAAAUGAAUCCGAUUAGUAUUACGACUUUAGUAUUGCUAAUGUGCAGUGCUAUCGGCCAAAUUGAAGGCCAUGGCAUGAUGUUGAGUCCAGUGGGUCGAUCCUCACGUUGGCGCUACGAUACCUCAGCUUCCAAAAACUAUGAUGAUAAUGCACUCUAUUGCGGCGGCUUUUGGAAACAAACAGAGAACGAUGGCCAGUGUGGACUGUGUGGAGACGAUUACAGUCUCAGCCAGCCGAGACCCAAUGAGAACGGCGGCACAUAUGGUCAGGGUGUGAUUGUCAACAGCUACAUUGGAGUGAGCACAUUCGACGUAACCGUGCAGAUAACCGCAAAUCAUUUGGGCUACUUUAGCUUCCAUUUGUGCAACUUGGAUGAGGCUGGAAGUGAGUCUGAGGACUGUUUCAACCAGCAUCGUUUGCUGUUUGCCGAUAACAGCGAUCGCUUAGAUAUUGGAUCCACAACGGGCAGCAUUGUUGCCACCUUGCAAGUGCCCAGUGGCGUCACCUGCAAGCACUGCGUUCUCCGUUGGACUUACACAGCGGGCAAUAACUGGGGAGUGUGUGAGGAUGGCAGCGGUGCCAUGGGCUGUGGUGCCCAAGAAAACUUUAAGAACUGUGCCGACAUCAGCAUUCUGAGCUCCCUUCGUGCCAUCAUCGAGAGCUCUGUUCAGGCAGAGUUACCUGUAGCUGUUCCCGAGGAAACUGACGUCUAGAGGAAGGAACUUUCUUCCCGAUCCAAUCUCAACAAGUCACAUUGAACAGAACUGAAUUAUUUUUUGUUAUGAAUGCAAUUUUCA